AUGACUGAACUUCAACCCAUUCCCAAUUACUCUCUGGCACCUGCUUUCUUAUGCCCAUUCGGAUGGCCAACCGAUCCUACCUACCCAAUCGAUGUAGAUGCAAGUAUCACUAACACCGAAGGAGCCAGUUCGACAAACAAAUCUGACUCUUGUACACCUACAGCAAACUUAUUUCAAACUUGGGCAGAUAUCUUUGAACUGAAUCAUUCUGAUGAAGAUGAAACUGAAUUAACUCGAAUUUAUUUAGAAGCAUUAUAUUUACCCGAUUCAUAUUCAGUAAAUACUCAAUCACCUAUGAUUACAUUAGUACAAAAGAUUAAAUCAUUAUCAAAUGAAUAUAGUGCUGAAGAAUUAGUCGAAUUUUUAGAAUCAUUUUUAAUUUCAGAAAAAUUAUUAGCCAAGAAAUGGGAUAAAAGUGUACCAGGAUAUGUAAAUUAUUUUUUACCAAAUGAUAAUAUAACUCAACCUGAAAUUGAAGAAGAAGAAGAAAACGUUUUUCAAUUUAAUGAACUUGAUGUCAUUCGUGCUGUCGUGGAUUAUCGUCAUUAUCAAUCAUCUAAACCUAAUUCAUCUGGUCUUGAUUCUAAAACUAAUAGAUAUACCGGUAAAGAAAACUUUACUAGAAAUGAAUCUACUAAACAACAAAUCGAAACCUGGGCAGCCAGAGAAGCUCAAAUUCAAAUUAUCUUCUUACUAGAGAUCAUAGUCCUCACAAACCAAUCUUCAAACCAAGGUUCACAAAUCCUAACACAUCAUACCAAAUUACUUUCAUCACCACGAAAACCAAAUCGACAAGAAUCUACCAAACCAAUCGAUCAAAUCGAAGCCGUAUCAGAUUUAGAACAAUUACUUGAAGGUCUUAUUGAUAGAUUAGCAAUGUGGCAACUUUUAUCUGACUUUGGAUCUUCAGAACUUAGCAAUCUAUUUAAAAGCUCCGAUCCUUCUGUAAAUAAAUCAUCACAUUCUGAUCUUGAUGAAGCUCAACGUUUUUGGACAGACAUAGUGGAAGAAUAUUAUACCCAUCAAAUACCAUUACUUAACUCAUCAUUCCGACCAAAAUUGUUUCCUACAUCGAUUUACGAACCAACUGGAUCAUCACUUAUCCCCACUCAAUUCGAUUCCUCAGCCAAACACCAUCCCUUAUCGUCUAUCACCCGAACCCCAAACCUAAAAGAACUGGACCGACAACAAGGCUUACGAGAAGCCGCGCGUGCUGCUAAACUAUCGACUCUUAGUCCUACACUCAACGACAACCCUCAGAAAAAGAAACGACAAAGGUUAAUGAAGAAUGCAUCGAUGAGCGAAUCACAAUUAGCUUUAAGUCAUUUGAAUUCGAAUCGAUUGGGAAUCAAUUCUAGAUCACUUUUUAGUAGGAGAGAAGUCAGUAUGACUCAUUUACCUUUUAAAAGUAAACUUAAUCAUACAUUACAUAGAAGAAAUCAGUCUCUUGCUUCUGCUUCUGGGAGUGGGAAUGGGAAUAAAGGGAUUUGGAAUCAAAAGGAUCAUAGAAAACAGUCUUUACCUAGAAAGUUUCCUGAAACUAGAAUCCUUGUACCUGAUACACCUCAUCAUCGUAGAGAACUUGUACCAGAUACACCUACUUAG